AUGUGUAUUUUCCGCAAACCGACAGAGGACAGAAAUGUUUCACAACGAGAUAUAGAUUCCGCAAACGGACUCAAGCGCAACGUGGAUGCGAGACCCACACCGAUUCCCAUCGCAUUCGAUGUGGGCUCAUCUGACACGACCGUCUCAUUCACACUGGACACGUCCUACGAUCUGCCGGGUGAGGAUGAUGAGUCCGCAGUUACCGUUUCCGCGGCCAUAGAAGAUAAUGUACAAAUGCACGACAGACUGCACGAUCAGAUCUCCCAUCCAACCGCCACGUGGAACGAUGCGAAACAAUUCACACAUAAUCGAUCUAUUGUGGAACGAUAUAGGAGAGAUUUACGGUAA